GCUACGGAAGCCGCGGUGUGUACACAGCUAACGAGCUAGCUUCCAAAGAUGGCUGGUUGGGGAAGGUUCGCUGCCGUCCUGAGGAACGUUUUAAAGAGCCCUCGGUCUCUGAAAAGUUUAGCACUGCGCCGUGCUGUCGGCCCUGGUGUCCUGGGCUCUGUAAUUGGAACUGGUUUGAUCUGUUAUUACCAGUAUCAUGCAAGCAGCAGGACUCUGCCCUUCGCCGUUCACGCUGCGGAAGAAAAAGAAGCCCCAGCUCCCCAGCUGUCUGCCAGAAAGAUCCGUUUCAUCCAGUUCGCCUCCGUGGUCUAUGAACAAGAGCCCUACAUGACCCCGAGAGACUUUUUGUUCUCUGUGAUGCUGGAGAAUGUUGACCGUAAACUGCAGAAAAGAGUUUUAACAACAGAGGAAGUGAACAACAUGCUGACGGCUGCCUCUAAAACUCGGGCUGGUAAUGAUCUGUUCAGGACCUUAGGAGACAAUGGUUUGCUAUCCUACACAGAGUAUCUGUUCCUGUUGACCAUCUUGACCAAGCCACGCACAGGAUUUCAUAUAGCUUUCAAAAUGCUUGAUGUUGAUGGGAAUGAGCAGGUCGACAACAAGGAGUUUCUCAAGCUCAAGAAAAUCAUUGGGAAAAGCAAAAUGAAAUUACCAAAGGACAGUGCAGAGAAACCAGCAGAGGAAGGGGGAGCUGCAAACACCACGCUGCAGGCCUACUUUUUUGGGAAGAAAGGAGAAAAGAAGUUGCAGUAUCAGGAAUUCCGCAGGUUCAUGGAGGACCUGCAGGCCGAAGUGCAGGAGAUGGAGUUCCUGCAGUUCUCCAGAGGUAUGGACACCAUGCGAAGAGAAGACUUUGCCGAGUGGCUGCUUCACUAUACCAACGAAGAAGACAAUGAAGUCUACUGGGAGAACAUGAGGAGGAAGAUCCCUGCUGGCCAGAGCAUCACAUUUGAUGAGUUCAAAGUCUUCUGCCUCUUCACCAACAACCUGGAGGAUUUUGCCUUUUCAAUGAAAAUGGUCACUGAAGCCAACCGUCCCGUGGGAAUGGCCCAGUUCAAGCGAGCUGUGAGGAUCGCUACAGGCCACGAUCUGUCUGAGAAUGUGCUGGACACAGUAUUUAAACUGUUCGAUAUGGAUGGAGACAACUGCCUGAGCCAUAAGGAAUUCAUUGGAGUGAUGAAAGACCGAGUACUGCGGGGUCUCAAGGUGCGGCAUCAGAACGGCAUCUCAGGCUACUGGAAGUGUGUGAAGCGAGAGACCCUGAAGGGAGCUCAGGAGGCCCUGGGAGACACCGGGUGCCCCAUCUGAACCACCGAGAACCACUACAUGACAGAUCACUCAUACCACUGCUCAUUUUGGUAUCUUAGAAUCAAGUUAGUAGUGAGAAUGAGAUUGUACAAGUAACCACAUGUAAAGAAAUAUAGGAUUUACACCACUA